UUUUUUUUUUUACCUUUGCUUAAACAGCAGAAAAAAAUCGGACGGCGCCGUAACCGAUAUCACGCGCCAGCAGGCGGCGACCGAAACACCGACUUUUUCCCGUAGUGUCCUGCUUUUUCAUCCCUCAUUUCCUCCAAACGCACACGAACGCGAGUACCACCGGCGAUUUUAACUAUUAUCACACCGUCACCGUAGGAGGAACAUCACAUGAAGCCAUAAUAAACGGAGAAACGGGACAAAACUGCAGGAUCCGACCUGAUAUUCUCUGGGAUGAAGAGAAAGAUGCAACAAUAAUAGUCCUGCUGAAAGAAAGCACCUUGAGAUCUCACGCUGGGUCUGAGUAAAGAGAGAAAGAGGAAACAGACAGAGAAAGAGCAGAACUGAAGAGAUCUGCCAGAGGACGGUGAAUGGACUGAGAUCACAAAACCAGAAAAUCUGCAAAGACGUGCACUCUGACGCCUUACACACACACACACACACACACACUGAGGACGCACAGGGAGCCAGAUAAAUGGCUGACAAACAGAUCAGUUUGCCUGGCAAGCUAAUAAACGGCGGUCUGGCGGGACUGAUCGGCGUUACCUGCGUGUUUCCCAUCGAUCUGGCCAAAACCCGUCUCCAGAACCAGCAGAAUGGUUCGCGCCUCUACACCAGCAUGUCCGACUGCCUCGUCAAGACCAUCCGGUCAGAAGGAUACUUUGGCAUGUACAGAGGUGCGGCGGUCAACUUAACUCUCGUCACGCCAGAGAAAGCCAUCAAGCUUGCAGCAAAUGAUUUCUUCAGAUUUCACCUCUCUAAGGACGGGCAGAAGCUCACUCUGGUGCGAGAGAUGCUGGCCGGCUGCGGCGCGGGGACCUGUCAGGUCAUCGUCACAACACCGAUGGAGAUGCUAAAGAUUCAGCUGCAAGAUGCAGGAAGAGUCGCGGCUCAGAGGAAGCUCAUGCCGCAGUCUGUGACCCCCGAGGGCCCCGUGGAGCUGAAGUCCCCCACAGCUGUGCAACUCACCAGACAGUUACUGAAGGAAAAGGGCAUCGCGGGUCUUUACAAGGGUCUGGGAGCCACGCUGCUGAGGGACGUCCCCUUCUCUAUCAUUUAUUUCCCUCUGUUUGCUAAUCUGAAUGAUCUGGGGAAGAGAGGAGCCGAGGGUCCCGCUCCCUUCUACGUCUCCUUCACAUCGGGCUGCAUCGCGGGCAGCACAGCCGCCGUCGCCGUCAACCCUGUAGACGUGAUAAAGACCAGGCUCCAGACGAUAACACGGGGGACUCAAGAGGACACUUACAGCGGGGUGACCGACUGCAUCAGGAAGAUAUUACGCCAUGAAGGUCCCGCUGCUUUCCUGAAGGGGGCGUACUGUCGGGCUCUCGUCAUCGCGCCGCUCUUCGGCAUCGCUCAGGUGGUCUACUUCUUCGGCGUAGGCGAAUACAUCCUGAGCUAUCUGCCCAAGCGGAACAACUAGCCACCCUUCCCAUCAUGCAUUGCACCAGUCCCGGCCCCCUCUCACAGGUCGUCAUUACUGAACGAUCCAAGCGUAACGUGGAGCAGUCGGACUGAUCUGAAUCGUUUGUAGUCGUGCCGUUUUCGUGUGUUUCGUCUCUUGUUAAUCAUGUACUGAAAUAUCAAGCCAACAUGAAGCUCUUUUUAAUUGUUAGUUUCCUGGAACAUGAGGACACAUCAUGUCGAUUAGUUUGCCCUUUAUAGUAGCUGUUCCCGUCUUUCUUACGACCAGCUCUGACUGCUUUCCCUCUGGGCUCAGAAUGACUUUGAGGAAAAGUGAUAAGGCUAAAGCAAAGUAAAGUCAAAUCCGGGGCAUUAAAACUUCUGUGAAGAUCCCAGACUUUGGGAGAUAAUCAUUAUAGAUUAUGAGAUUCAUUUGCAUGGUCACAACACAAAGAAAAUAAUGGAAAUAAUUUAUUUUUGGCAUAUCUGACUGAUCUGUUCUGCUGUUUGUGGCCUGAACAGCUAAAUUAGCAUUAAAUAUGAUCUUAAACCUAACUCAAACUACAUUUGUAGGUGGUUUGAAGCUUAAUGAAUAUAUUUUGGGUAUGCCAAGAAGUUUGUUCCUCAUUUAGGAUGAGAUGCGCAUGUGUUAACUAAAUUAAAAUUUGAAAUUUUUAUUCCAUUAUUUUGAAAUUAUAAAAUAUAUUUAAAAAAAUGAAAAUAGCACAUACAAAAAAAUGACCAAAAUAAACUAAAAUAAGUAUAUUAUAAAAAACUAAUUAAAAAUAAUAAUAAUACAAACUAUAAAAGUAUGAGAAAUGUUGCUUUGGGAACUAACUGAAAUAAGUUUAAGUACUAAAAUGAUUAAAUAAAAAUAAAUGAAAACUAUUUGGAAUUAUUGAAAAAAUAAACAAAAACGAAAAUGAAACCAAAAGGAGUUUUAUAAAAAUAACAACUAAUUCCAAAUAUUAAUAAAAAGUAUAAUAGUCUAUAAAUAAUUCUAAUAUAUAAUAACACUGGUCCUCUCUUGCAUAUUAAUUCAAAUCAAUAGUGACUGGGCGGACAUCAUGUGACCUAAUUAAUAUUCAUGAGCAGUGCUGAUGAGUUUUAUUUGAUGAGUUUAGCUACUUACAGAUUUCCGGCUACAAACAAACCCUUAAUGAAAGUUUGUUGGUUCAUAUCAGUCAGAUCAGAUCUGAGAAAGAAUACUAAUAAACUAAAUCAACAGAAAAAGUGAUCUACAUAUGGACUGUAAGACGUGCCCUGUGAACCUAUAAUGGGUGGAGCUAAUAAUCAUGAAUAUUAAUGCAUCUGGAUGCUUUCCCAUGGUGUACCGUUGCCCUGCAGUGCAUCAUGGGAGAUUUUAUUAAUCAUUCCUGUUCGUUCGAGAAACCGAAAAGCACAGACUUUGAAUGGAAGUCAUAUUUAUUCCUAAUUCUGAUGAUAUAGAUGUAAACACACUUAUAGUAUAUCUCACUAAUACUAUAUAUUUCUAUGGACGGUUGUAUCAGUGUCUGAUUGUUUAUGAGUACUGUACAUAUGCAGAGGAUAUUAUGAUACUAGAUUAUGUUUUAGUUUUAUAUACGAUGGCUUAUUUGCACACCUCCCCGUUCCUUCUCUUUAUGUUAAUAAGUUGAGCCGGACCUGUGAUGCAUCAGUGUUGGAUUCGUGAGCCGAACCGAACAAACCGUUCUCGUUUACUUCACGCUGUCUGUUUUUAUUUCUCGGAGAUGCGUUCAGAUUUGUCAGGCAGAAAGAAUAGUGCUGAUAGAUCAGCUCUGCAUAUAUGUGCAAUGUCUUUCAUACUGCCAAACGAUUCCUGACCAAAUCCCUGCCUGGAAUACCUCUGUGUCCUUCCCAGUUCAUGCAUUAGUACACGUCCGGUUUAUAUCGUCCUGCACUUGAAUAUACACUACCCUUCAAAAGAUUGGGGAUUUUUUUAAACACUUUUGCAUUAAAUUGAUCAAAAGUGACAGAGAAGAUGUUUAUAAUGUUACAAAAGAUUUCUGUUUCAGUGCUGUUCCUUUGAACUUUCAAAGAAUAUUGAAGCAGACAAUCUUGAAAAAAAAAAAAAAAACAUCUAUCACAGAUUUCAGAAAAAUAUUAAGCAGCACAACUGUUAUCAACCGUGACAAUAAUUUUGUCACAAAACAAAACUGCUAUUUUGAACUUUAAAAGAAUCCUGAAAAAAAAUGCAUGUUCCACAAAAAUAUUGAUAAUAAUACAAAAUGUUUUUUUUUUUUUGUGUGCAGUAAAACAGCACAAAACAUGUGACACUGAAGACUGGAGUAAUGAUGCUGAAAAUACAGCUUUGAUCGCAGAAAUAAAUUACAUUUAAAAAAACAUAAAAACAGAAAACUGUUAUUUUAAAUAGUAAUAAUAUUUCACUAUUUUUACCGUAUUUAUAAUCAAACAAAUGCUGUUUUUGUGCACAUAAGAUCAUUUUUUCUAAAUAUUACAAAAUCUUACCAGCCCCAGUCUUCUGAACAGCAGUGUUCUGUAACAUGUCACUAAUGAAUAUGACAAUGACUCUAAAGAUUAAUGAUCUUGAGGUUUACCUUGAGGGUUUAUGGUGCUCUCUAUCAAGUAAACAUCUCUAGUCUCAGUGACAAUGAACUUUAUGCCAUUUGAAACUGUUCAGAUGCUCUUAUUUAUUGUUUAGAGGUCAUAGGUCAGAUUUAUCGAGGUCAGCGUGUGCACAACCCAUCUGAUCGGUUACUUCACGCACCGUUAAUUCUUUAAAUGAGUGCAAAUGGUAUUAAAACAGAAGUAUGUUUCAUGCCUAAUAUGAAUCUGACCUUAAUGAUCUUGUUUUUGCUCACAUUUUUUUCCUAAACAUUCCAAAAAAACGAACAUAUCUUGUUAUCACCUCUGUUAUUUUCUGUUGUUUUGGGUUCCUCUGUUUUGCCUCGUGUUUUCUCAGCUGUGAACUCACAGUGUUUGUGAACGCUGGUGUAUUGUGUGUGUGUGUGUGUGUGUGUGAGGGGUCAAUCGUGCGCACAGGUGGUGUGUUUCUUUCUCGUCGUUUAUCAACACUAAAGUGUGUUAUUCACUUUCUCUCUCCUUUUCACCAUCUGUCCUUCUUCCUCAACGCUGUACUUGAAGGAAUUAGACAGCAGGUGGCAAAAAAAUAAAUAAAAACACAAACGCCAAAAAUAGCAUUGAUGAUUUAUAAUCCAAGCACAAACACAGAUCUGGCACAAGCGCAAUAUUCAGACAUGGCCCUCUGAUAUCAUACAAUAUUCAGUAUACUAGACUAUAAUAUUAUAAGCAACGUAUCGCCUGUUUGUUUCCACAAACCAGAGAAUGUAUCUUUGAAUUGUAUAAUCGAUGUAAAUUGAUAGUAUUCAGUCUUAUUUAGUAGUAAAUUAGAUGUUAGAUAUUUGUGAGUUCACCAAAUAUAUAUAUAAGGACCAGCACAUAUUUAUGCAAUAAUUAAGAAAUAAUUAACAGUUGAGUCUCAUGAAAAUAUGCUCUGGUCAUAUUUCACCCCUUUAAAAAAUUAUAACAAAUAAUUUGAACGUAUGAAGAAAGUUACAAUUUUAGGAACCUUACUGCUUUUUCAUUUUAACAUUAUUUUCAUAACAGUAAUGUUUUGCUUCAUUGUCAUGAAAAUAAUAUUAUAAAAUAUAAAAUUAAAAAAAAUAACUUUUUUAAAUUUUUUUUAUAUAUUUUUAGAUGAGGAAAAUGAAAGACUGUUUGAAGGAACCUUUUAUUUUUGUUAUAUUUGUUGCUUUGCAACAUUUAUUUCUUGACAGUUACUGUGAUAUAGGAUACAAUACAGUAUAUAUUUUUGCUUUACUGUCAUGAAAAUAAUGUCAAUUUUUUUUAAUAACCUAAAAUAUAUUUUCUUUUUUUGUCUUACAUAAAGAAAAUUAACACUUUUUAGGAACCUUUAAUAUUUUUGCAUUGAGACAUCAUUUAUUUUUGCUUUUUUGUCAUGAAAAUAAUGUCAAACAUUUUUCUUUAUUUACCUAAACAUUUGAUAUAUUAAUUGAUAUUAUUUUUAUUUGAUUCACUUAUUUUUUGUGGGAUGAAAUAUGGCCAAAACAUGUUCUUUCUUGAGAUCUUUCAUGAUUUUGACCUGUUUUCUCCAUGUGGUUGAAUCAUGCUGCUGUAGAGUUAUAGACAGAUCAUCCUUCCUCCUCUGAGAGGAACAGUGCAAAAACGCACUUUAACUUCACACACAAGUAAAAAUGCACAAUGAGGCCCUUCUGUAAGAGAAAGUCAGUCUGUAUGUGGAGUGCUGCUGAGAGUUUGUGUGUGUGCUGAAACACAAACAGCCACACGUGUGAGACUGAAAUAUGGCAGUUGUUUUAAUCGUGUUGAUUGUUGUUCAAUAAAAUGUAUUUGUUCAUAACGGUA